CAUCAAUCAUCAACGGUCAUCUCUCCACGUGUACCGGAAAUGAGAACAUCCUUCUUAAAGCUCCGGUCUGCACCGAGAGAGCGAGCACUCCAUCCUCCCAAACCUCUAAUCUAUGGCGACGAUUCCUCCCCAAUUCCCGUUGGCCACCCGCUCUGCUCUUCGCCGGGCGUCUUCCUCCGUCUGUUUCGUCACCAUGAAACUGUUUAAAGCGAGAGCCUUCUCUUCCUCAGUGAAGCUCCCCACGAAACCGCCGCUUUGCACCGCCGACGAGCUUCAUUACGUCUCUGUUCCCAACAGCGAUUGGCGCCUCGCUCUCUGGCGCUACUUGCCUCCUCCUCAGGCGCCCACGAGGAAUCAUCCGCUCUUGCUCUUAUCCGGUGUAGGAACUAAUGCCAUCGGAUACGAUCUUUCCCCCGGUUGCUCUUUUGCAAGACACAUGUCCGGUCAGGGAUUCGAGACGUGGAUUCUCGAGGUUCGUGGAGCAGGGUUGAGCACAAGAGUAUCCGACCUCAAGGACGUUAAGGACUCUGCUCACGAGUUGUCUCAUCAGAUACAGUCCACUGCUAAAGCUGCAGCUAAACAAGCUUCGGAUGAGAAACAAACUACCGAUGAUAUCACUGACAUUGCACCACCAGCAGCAGCUUGGGAUGAUGUUUCAGUUGUUGGUGAAGCCUCUGCUUGGGACGAGUCCAAGAUCGUAGCGAGGUUGACUGCUACCUUCAUGCGUUUGUCUGAAAGGCUUUCCGGUUUUCUCAGCGAAGGUCAGUCGGUGUUCAUGUCUGCUAAGCUGUUCGACAAGAUUGCUAUGCUUUUGGAAGACUCGCGGAUGUACGAGCGGUUUAAUGAGAUAAGGUCAAAGCUUUUGAGUUUGAUUCAGUCGAGGCAAAACUCGGGGAUUGGUAACCAGAUCAGGGAGUUGACUCAGCGCCUUGUGGAUCUUCUUGACGAUGGUCAGAAGUCUGUCUCUCCUCAGCUGAUUGAUUUGCAAGAGCGUCUCACUUCGACUAUUGAGGAUUUUCAGAAGCAGCUGGAUUUGAUCGUUAAGUAUGACUGGGAUUUUGAUAACUACCUUGAAGAGGAUGUCCCUGCGGCGAUUGAAUAUGUAAGAGCGCAAAGUAAGCCAAAGGAUGGUAAGCUAUUUGCAAUUGGCCACUCCAUGGGUGGUAUCCUACUCUAUGCAAUGCUGUCACGCUGUGCUUUUGAGGGAAGAGAACCUUGCCUAGCAGCUGUUGCAACUUUGGCUUCAUCGUUAGAUUACACAACUUCAGAUUCUGCCCUCAAGUUGCUCAUACCUCUUGCUGAUCCAGCACAAGCUCUGAGUGUUCCAGUUGUUCCUUUGGGGGCUCUGUUGGCUGCAGCUUAUCCUCUUUCGUCACGGCCUCCAUACGUAUUAUCUUGGCUUAACGAUUUGAUAUCAGCAACGGAUAUGAUGCAUCCUGAGCAGUUAGAGAAGCUUGUCUUGAAUAGCUUCUGUACCAUACCUGCAAAGCUUCUUAUUCAGCUGACAACAGCCUUUAGAGAGGGAGGUUUACGGGAUCGUAGUGGUGAAUUUUACUACAAGGAUCAUCUUUCCAGGACCAGUGUCCCUGUCUUAGCUCUUGCGGGUGAUAGGGACUUGAUCUGCCCCUCUGUAGCUGUAGAAGACACUGUUAAGUUGUUUCCUGAGAACCUGGUCACCUAUAAGCUACUUGGGGAACCAGACGGACCACAUUAUGCACACUAUGAUUUGGUUGGAGGACGACUGGCAGUGGAGCAAGUCUAUCCUUGCAUAACUGAGUUUCUUAGCCACCAUGAUUCUGCAUAAGUGAAACUUUCUGUUCUGCGCAUGCCAUAUGCAUGAAGACUCUGCACUAGGUUGGUGUCCAGGUAUUAUAGUACCCUAACAAGCCUUGGUAUCAGAAGCGCCUGUUAAUAAGGAUGUCAUUUUCGUUUAAUACAUGUACAUUUAGCUUAGGAGGCUUUUUCCAAGUCAUACACUUGUAAAUUAUAAAGCAUAACAAUGGGUGUGUUCUAUCCCUUCGCUUGUAUCGCACCGCUUCUUUUGAAGGGCUUUAAGUUGUCCAAUAGAGGAACUGUAUAUAGACAUGUAUUUUAUAUGUAUAUCAUCUAUAUAUUGGAUCCACAGACAACACA